UCUUAAAUACCUAAAACAACAAUUUUAACUCUUUUGCCCUCUUUAAUAAUGAAGGGAAAAAAAAAAAAAGGAUUAAAAUGACACACUGUUCUAUUCGAUUCAAUUUCCCCGCAAACAAACAGUGUUCUUUCGAAAAGAGUGUUCUACAAAAUCUUCAAUCUCACUUAACAUGUUCUAGAAAAUCUGGUGAUUUUGGGCAGUAAUCUUCGAUCAUAAUCUUCAAUGGAACAUUGAAAGGACCAGUUCUCCCUACCAAUUCAUCGUUUUAGGGAUUGGACGUUUCUCGCCUUCGAAUUCAGUUUUUCAAGCCUUCGAAUUGACGUUUCUCGCAGAUUUUCUUAGCAAUUUCCUAAUUCGAUCGCAUCUUCAGUUAUUUUUUGGGAAUUAUCAUGGAUAAUGAUAGAAGUUGGAUGCACAUCCAAGGGUUUAAUGGAAGGAAACAAGGAGAUUACAAGAAAGGUGUUAAAGAGUUUUUGGACUUUGCAUUUAGGGACACCGCUCCUAAUUCUGGGGUAAAGUUAAGGUGUCCUUGCUUGAAUUGUCGAAAUUAUUUUGAUCAAGAUCAAGAUACUAUGCGGGCUCAUCUUUUUCGAGUCGGAAUAGAUCCUGAUUACAAUCCAUGGAUUUUUCAUGGAGAGGAACAAUCCUUUGAAGUCACGGAUGAAGAGAUGUCCGAAGAGGAAGGUGAUGACUUUGAGGAUGAAGAUCCCCUUGUGUCUGAUGACUUAGCUUCUUUGGUGCGUGAGGCCACAAAUGUAGUUGUAGAACCUCAAGUUUCAGAUGAUAGGGAUAGGGGUGAUGAUGAACUCCCUGACAAGUUUCACAAAUUGAUGAAAGAUGCACAAGAAGAGAUUUAUCCAGGGUGUAAGACAUUCUCAAGAUUAGAGUUCAUUGUAACUCUUUUGCAACUUAAGGUGAGUGGUCGUUGGAGUGAUAAGUCAUUUAAUGGGUUGCUUAAUGCAUUGCACAAGGCCUUUAAUUAUGAUGUGAGCUUCCCUAAGAGUUCAUAUGAAGCAAAAAAGUACACAAAAGAUCUUGGAUUGAACUAUGUGAAGAUUCAUGCUUGUGUGAACCAUUGUAUUCUUUAUAGAAAAGACUAUGCUAACAUUGAUGCAUGUCCUAUUUGUGGGGAGUCUCGAUGGAAAGAAAGCAGUGGUGAAUUAGAUGAUAGCGUUUCUUUAACAAAAUCUCAAGGGAUCUCACAACUUAAGCCUAGAAUUCCUCGCUUGGUUCUUCGCCAUUUUCCUUUGGUGCCAAGGCUUCAAAGGCUUUUUAUGUCAUCAAGAAUUGCAAAACACAUGAGAUGGCAUAACGAGAGGCGCGUUGAUGAGGACAUACUAAGGCACCCGGCUGAUUCAAUGGCAUGGAAGCACCUUGAUGAUCUAUAUCCCGAGUUUAAGGCUGAUGCACGUAACGUAAGAUUAGGUCUAUCAUGCGAUGGUUUCAAUCCACCGUAA